UUCACCGCACAUUUUUUUUGCCGCUGUGCCCCCAGGGAUCGAUCGAUGCGGCGUGGCGAUGGCGUCGCGCGCUGAUCCGUCUUAGCGCUGGAUUCGCCCAUGUGAACUGCAUGCAUUCGCGAUUCGAGGUCUUUUUCCACUGAAUCCCUGCCUCUUUUUUCGGAUCGAUGAGAAGCUCCGGCGGCAUCCAAUCGCGGCUCUAGAAAUCCAGCUGCCGGCUACUGCCACAGGGAAGAAUCAAUCGCAAAUAUUAUGGGAUCAUCGUCACUGGCACGGGAAUUCUAGGACAUUGAUGGGAUGAAGAAGCCAGCGUUCAAUGUCAUGGAAAGAAAGUGGCUUGUCCCAUUGCUCGCCAGCUCCCUCGUCUCCAUCACGCUCUUCCUGGCGGCCACUUUCAGCGUCGGCGCGAGCUCCUAUGGCGCCAGAUCGUCCGUGUUCCAUUUGUUCCUCAAGGGCGAGGAUCCGGCCGACAUGUACGUCGAAUCCAAAUUGUCACAGGUUCCAGCCUCGGAUCUUCCCACGGCCCCCCGGCUCGCCUACUUGAUCUCGGGAACUCGUGGGGAUGGGGAUCGGAUGAAGAGGGUGUUGCAAGCGAUCUAUCACCCCAGGAACCAGUACUUGCUCCAUCUGGAUUUGGAGGCACCUCCCAGGGAGAGAGUGGAGCUGGCCAGAUACGUGAAGAUGGAUCCAACGUUUACGCUGGCCGGGAAUGUACAUGUUAUAGGGAAGGCUAACUUGGUGACUUAUAGAGGCUCGACUAUGAUCGCAUGCACGCUCCACGCCGCCGCGAUUCUUCUUCGGCAGAGCAAGGAGUGGGACUGGUUUAUCAAUCUCAGUGCUUCCGACUAUCCCCUCGUUUCCCAAGAUGAUCUUCUCAAUGUGUUUUCGUAUCUCCCGAGGGAUUUAAAUUUCUUGGAACAUACGAGUGACAUCGGCUGGAAAGAGUUCCAGAGAGCUAAACCAAUAAUCAUCGAUCCGGGUCUAUACAUGAACAAAAAGACUGAUAUAUUCUGGGUGACGCAGAGAAGAUCAGUUCCGUCGGCGUUUAAACUUUUCACAGGUUCGGCGUGGGUUGCUUUAACCAGGAAUUUCAUGGAGUUUUGCAUCUGGGGCUGGGACAACCUUCCAAGGACAGUGUUGAUGUACUAUACGAAUUUCCUGUCCUCUCCAGAGGGGUAUUUCCACACGGUGAUCUGCAACAGUCGCGAGUUCCGGAACACGACGGUGAACCACGACCUCCACUACAUCACCUGGGACAAUCCUCCAAAGCAGCAUCCACUCUCGUUAACCGUCAAGGACUUUGACAACAUGAACGCGAGCGGCAGCCCGUUUGGGAGGAAGUUUGACAAGGACGAUCCGGUGCUGGACAUGAUCGACAGCCGGCUGCUGGGGCGGGAGAAGGACCGAUUCACUCCUGGUGGAUGGUGCCUGGGCUCGUCGGAAAAUGGGAAUGAUCCUUGCUCGGUUAUGGGUGAUGCUGACGUUCUGCGGCCUAGUGCAGGAGCAAAGAGACUCGAGAGCCUGGUUUUGAAGUUAUUGGCCCCCGAGGACUUCCGGAAGAACCAAUGCGUCCAUUGAUGGAUGUGAUUGGCGAGCGACGAUGACAACAACAGCAUAUUUUCUCUAUCAGCUGGGGUGGCUGUAAUAUACAGGUCUCAAGUAGGAGGUAGGCUCAUAUAAUUUUUCAGGAGGAAAUUUUUUUUUGUCGGAAAACUUCUUGGGGGGUAACAAGGCUGUUAUUCUUUUCUUUGCU